GUGCUGGUACCCUAUCACAUACGGUUGGAGCAUACACCAUGACGCUCCGGCAGGCAAAGGGGACGUCAGCGCGGCCAGCACAACGCUUAGCAAGUUUGAGCAACAAGACACGUCGUAUUCGACGGCCCCCCGUUCAAAGCCAUGCAUCUGGCAGAUGCGCCCACAUGGCAGCCUACCUGUGGACUUCUCCGCGCGUACGGUCAUUACCGGUGAUCCGAACCUAGAGCUUGACGAGGUUGGCGUACCUAAGAGCAUCGCCAUGAAUCUGACCUAUCCCAAGCACGUGAUGCCGUACAACAUCGCAUACCUGCAGGAGCUUGUCAGAGACCGCCCGACCGCACACCCGCUCGACCGCAUAUCCGGUUGCACGAUUCGUUGUUUGGGCCACGAGAGAGCGGAUAGACCUCUGGUACAACAAGCCCGAAGACGCCGCCUUCCUGCAGUACGCCUGGAUCGUCGAACGACACCUGAGGGAUGGAGACCUAGUCUACACAAGAUGAGUAUGAUGAGCCAUCGAGUCAAACUCAUGCCAUACUCUACUUUUCGGUUGAAUCUGUCCGUCACGCCUCCAUACAACGCCGAUUUCGAUGGUGACGAAAUGAACAUGCACAUCGGUAUCGGCGACACCAUCGCGGAUCGAAACACGAUGGAGCAUAUCAAGGAGCAGAUCUCAAUCCGGAAGCAGAGCGUCGUCCAAGCCAUCGAGGACGCCACGCACGAUCGUCUCAAAGCCGCGCCUGGCAUGACCGUCCGAGAGUCCUUCGAGAGUCGAGUGGAGCGAGAGCUCAACCUGGCUCGUGACCAGAACGGGCAGUACGCGCAAAAGGCCUUGAAGGAGGAUAACAACGUGAAGCAGAUGGUAACCGCCGGAUCCAAGGGGUCCUUCAUCAACAUCUCCCAGAUGUCGGUUUGCGUCGGCCAACAGAUCGUCGAAGGGCAUCGGAUACCGUUUGGUUUCCGCCACCGGACGCUUCCGCACUUCACCAAGGACGACUUUAGCCCGGAAGCUCGCGGAAUCGUUGAGAACUCGUACCUUCGUGGUCUGACGCCACAGGAAUUCUUCUUCCACGCCAUGGCUGGACGAGAGGGUCUGAUCGAUACCGCUGUCAAAACAGCGGAGACGGGUUAUAUCCAGCGGCGUCUCGUCAAGGCACUCGAGGAUGUCGCAGUGUGUUACGAUGGGACGGUCCGAAAUUCCCUCGGCGAUCUCGUCCAGUUCGUGUACGGCGAAGACGGCAUGGAUGGUGCAUUCAUCGAGCGCCAAAACAUCGAGACGUUUGUUCUGAAUGACCGCGAAUUCGCCCACAACUACCGCGUUGACGUUACGGAUCCGUCUGGAGGUUUCCUACCUGGAGUACUCCAGGCUGGCUUGGACGACAGUUCUCUGGAGCUGCAAGGGAAGCUUGACGAGGAGUACGACCAGCUCGUCCAAGAUUGCCGCCUGCUAUGCGAAUUCGUAUUCCGUUCUCAGGAUCCCAGUGUCCCUCACCACCUUCCCGUCAACCUUCAGCGGAUUGUACAGAACGCGAUACAAAUCUUCCACAUCGACCGACGCAAACCUAGUGACCUCGACCCCGCUUACAUUAUCGACACCGUGCGCGAGCUGGCAGAGCGCCUAGUUGUUGUUCGUGGCGACGGUCGUAUUUCGCAGGAGGCCCAGAACAACGCAACGCCCCUGUUCCGCACUCACCUUCGUGCUACGUUCGCUGCGCGGAGAGUCCUGGAACGCUUUCACGGAAGCAUUGGAGUGGGUUCUUGGCGAAGUCGAGGCAAAGUUCAAUCAAUCCGUGGCGCACCCAGGCGAGAUGUGGGAACGUCACGCUCGGGUGUGCCGCGGUUGAAGGAAAUCAUCAACGUCGCGACGAACAUCAAGACGCCCUCACUCUCCGUGUUCCUCGCACCGCACAUCGCCAAGGACAAGAUUCUUGCGAACAGAGUUCAAAAGGAGCUGGCAUACACGUCUCUGCGCACUGUCACGGCGGCAGUGGAGAUCUGGUAUGAUCCCGAUCCGACUUCCACCAUCAUCAAGGAGGACGGCGUUUUCAUCGAGUCGUUCUUUGCAAUCCCCGACGAGGAGGUUGAACAGAAGCUACACCUCCAGUCUCCGUGGCUCUUGCAUCUGGAGCUGGAUCGUGCGAAGAUGAUCGAUCGUAAGCUGACGAUGUCCUACGUCGCUGGUCGGAUCGCGGAGAGUUUCAAGACUGACCUAUUCGUCAUUUGGAGCGAAGACAACUCCGAGAAGCUCAUCAUUCGCUGCCGUGUGUUGGGUGGUGCCGACAAGGACGAGGAUGGUAUGGAGACCGUGGAAGAGGAUAUCUUCCUUCGACAACUCGAGAACACUAUGCUGAACUCAAUCAGCCUGCGUGGUGUACCCGGGAUCAACCGCGUGUUCUUGCUCGAGCACGACAAAGUUGUCAUCACCGACGAGGGCAGCAUCAAGGCCCACCAGGAGAAAGAGUGGGUUCUCGAGACGGACGGUGUCAAUCUCAAGACUGUCAUGACUGUCGACGGCGUGGACUUCCGCCGAACAUAUUCAAACAGUUGUGUUGAGAUCUUCAAUGUACUCGGUUUCGAAGCUGCCCGCGUCGCCAUCAUGAAGGAACUCCGUGGUGUCAUCGAGUUCGACGGAUCCUACAUCAAUUAUCGACAUCUCUCGUUGCUGUGCGAUCUCAUGACACAUCGCGGUACACUGAUGGCUAUCACCCGGCAUGGAAUCAAUCAAUCCGCCCUUCUCCGUGGUGCUCUAGUUCACGCUGCUCAUGUCCGUGAGCACCGAGCCUUCGGCGAGUCAAGCGAUAGCCAUGUGCCCUGGAAAUUCGUUGGGCUACGCAACUCGUGCAAGUUGUGUUUGAGCAGGUGUCAAUGCGGUAGAAGUUGGGAGAUGGUAUGCCUCCAGAUCGUCCGGCCAAGGUGGUUCGUGUUCUGGACAUGGACCACCGUAGAGAACACAUUCAGAAUACUAGAAGUACUACAUUUACUGAAAUAG